AUGAGUGGCGCGGGUGAAAUGAAGGCGACAUUUUUGGAGAAAUUAGAGAGAAGAAAAGCUCAUAUUGGCAUUCAGACUUUACCUGAUUCGGUGAAAAAGGUACUUAAAACUGAAGAGGAAUUAGAAGAAGCACUUGCUACUGUUGAUUCCAAUAGAAGUGGAGCAACGAAUAAUCUUGAGCAGGAAAAAUCCGAUUCUGAAAAUGACAAUUCAAAACCACUGUCAAGCUCUACACAAAACUUAUGUGCUAUUUGCUCUACGAAAACUUCAGGUCCUCACAAGUGCAGAAACUGUGGUGGAAUUGUUCACUUGAGAUGCGCUCAAAGUACCAGUGGUACCAGUACCAACGAUGACGAAGAUGGUUUUGAAGCAUCAAUUCUAUGCCUCCGCUGUGCACAGACAAUUUCUGCAACUCUAAACAAAGAAGUUGCCUACGAAGGAUUGAGAGUUCAAGCAGAGAAGAUGAAGCAGCUAUCGCAGAAAAAGUUUCCAGAAAUUCAGGUAGGAGAAUCAGUUACAGUGCCAGUUUCGAGUUUAGACAGAGGCAAAGGAGAUGCCCGUAAUAUACUAGGAGUUGUGAUGGAAAAAACUACAGAUGGUUUUUAUAAAAUCGGUACUAAACAUGGUGUAAUCAGUUCUCUAUAUGCAAGAAACCAAAUCCAAAGUUGCAAGGAACAAUUUUUUAAAAUCGAAGACGUCCCGAAAAUAGAACUAUCACUUCGCGAAAUUAGUGGGCACAGUUCUUCAUUUGGAGGGCAAGGGUUUCAAAGAUGUAACUGUACCAAAAAAUGCACCACUAACUCUUGUAAAUGUAAAAGAUUAAAAUAA